UCCCUACCCCUCCGUCCCCCUCCUCGCCCCACCGCCUUCCCACCACGGCCUCUCUCGGCGAGGAAACUCUGGCCUCCGCUUCCUCCUCCUCCGACUCGGACACCGGCGGAGCCUCCCCGCCCCCGCGGAAGAAAGCCCGAGCCUCGGCGGCGGAGGGAGCAGGAGAGCCCGGGGCUUCAUCAGGCAGAGCAGGCCUCUCCCCCCCGGCCGCGGCGUCCUCGGCGGCGGCGUCCUCCUCCUCCUCCUCCUCCUCCUCCGUGGUGGUAGUGGUGGGACUCCCCGCGGCUGCUGCCUCUCCUGCCGCCGCCCUCCACCGAAGCAGCGGCCACAGCCCGGUCAGCGGCGGCAUCAUGCAGGCCAACGGGGCAGGAGGAGGAGGAGGAGGAGGCGGCGGUGGUGGUGGUGGUGGGGGCGGCCAAGGACCGGCCCAGCCCCAGGAGCUCGCUUGCCUCUCGGCCCAGAACGGGGAGUCCUCCCCGUCCUCGUCCACCGGGGGGGACCUGGCCCACGCCAACGGGCUGCUGCCCGCCGCCCCCUCCGCCGCCAGCAACAAUAGCAACAGCCUGAAUGUCAAUAACGGGGUCCCCGGCGGGGCGGCCAACGCCGCCAACGCCGCCGCCAACGCCGCCUCCUCCUCCUCCUCGUCCUCCGCCUCGCCCAACAACGCCAACACCGCCUCCUCCUCCUCUUCGUCCUCGGCCGCCGCCGCCUCGGACCUGGGGAGCAGCCUCAAGAAGAAGAAGCGGCUCUCCCAAUCGGACGAGGAUGUUAUUAGGCUAAUAGGACAGCACUUGCAUGGCCUAGGCCUCAACCAGACUGUUGAUCUCCUCAUGCAAGAGUCAGGAUGUCGUUUAGAACAUCCUUCUGCUACCAAAUUCCGCAAUCAUGUCAUGGAAGGAGACUGGGAUAAGGCUGAAAACGACCUGAAUGAGCUUAAGUCUUUAGUGCAUUCUCCUCACGCUAUUGUGAGGAUGAAGUUUUUGCUGCUGCAGCAGAAGUACCUAGAAUACCUGGAGGACGGCAAGGUCCUAGAGGCACUUCAAGUUCUCCGCUGCGAAUUGACACCCUUGAAAUACAAUACAGAACGCAUUCACGUCCUCAGUGGUUAUUUGAUGUGUAGCCAUGCAGAAGAUCUACGUGCAAAAGCAGAAUGGGAAGGGAAAGGGACAGCUUCCCGAUCCAAACUUCUGGACAAACUCCAGACCUAUUUACCACCAUCAGUGAUGCUUCCCCCAAGGCGUUUACAGACUCUGCUACGUCAGGCUGUGGAGCUUCAGAGGGAUCGGUGCCUAUACCACAAUACCAAACUUGAUAAUAACCUAGAUUCCGUGUCGCUGCUUAUAGAUCACGUUUGUAGUAGGAAACAGUUUCCAUGUUAUACACAGCAAAUACUCACAGAGCACUGUAAUGAAGUGUGGUUCUGUAAAUUCUCAAAUGAUGGCACUAAACUAGCAACAGGAUCAAAGGAUACAACUGUUAUUAUAUGGCAGGUUGAUCCGGAUACACACCAGCUAAAACUGCUCAAGACGUUAGAAGGACAUGCGUAUGGUGUUUCUUACAUUGCUUGGAGUCCGGAUGACAACUAUCUGGUUGCCUGCGGCCCCGAUGACUGCUCUGAGCUCUGGCUCUGGAAUGUACAAACUGGAGAGCUAAGGACAAAGAUGAGCCAGUCUCACGAAGACAGUUUAACCAGUGUGGCUUGGAAUCCAGAUGGGAAACGUUUUGUAACUGGAGGGCAGCGUGGACAGUUCUAUCAGUGUGAUUUAGAUGGUAAUCUCCUUGACUCCUGGGAAGGAGUGAGAGUGCAAUGUCUUUGGUGUUUGAGUGAUGGGAAGACAGUUCUGGCAUCAGAUACACACCAGCGCAUUCGGGGUUAUAACUUCGAGGACCUUACAGAUAGGAACAUAGUACAAGAAGAUCACCCUAUUAUGUCAUUUACUAUUUCAAAAAAUGGCCGAUUAGCUUUGUUAAAUGUAGCAACUCAGGGAGUUCAUUUAUGGGACUUGCAAGACAGAGUUUUAGUGAGAAAGUAUCAAGGUGUUACACAAGGGUUUUACACAAUUCACUCGUGUUUUGGAGGCCAUAAUGAAGACUUCAUCGCUAGUGGCAGUGAAGAUCAUAAAGUAUACAUCUGGCACAAACGUAGUGAGCUGCCAAUUGCAGAGCUGACUGGGCACACACGUACAGUUAACUGUGUGAGCUGGAACCCACAGAUCCCAUCCAUGAUGGCCAGCGCCUCCGACGACGGCACUGUUAGAAUAUGGGGACCAGCACCUUUUGUAGACAACCAGGAUAUUGAAGGAUUUUGGUUCCUGCAAACCAGAACUGACCCUAUCACCUCUGCCUCACAGUGGGUAAAUAUACGGUACAUCUGUUGAUUCCCCCAAAGGGGAAAAUAUCCAUGUUAAUCUCUUCACAACAGGAGGAUAGUUGACUGAGGGAGAAAGACAUUUUUCUUGAUAUUUUUUGAACCCCCAUCCCAAAACAUGGAAUUAUUUUCAUUUAUUUAUUUGGAUUCAUUUCUACUAUUUAAAUAGCAAUCCAUUUGGUUUUCCCUCCAAAUUCAAUACUUGAAUCCAUUUUUGCAACUAUAUCUGAUUUAAUCUGCUAAUUUUGAAAACAAUUAGCACAUUUUCAUUAACACUUAGACACUUUUAAAUUUUUUAGCAUUCAACUAAUGCUAUAGUAGCUGCCUCUAGUUGCUAAAACAAACUAUAAUCCCAUUUCCUGUCUCUUUAAUCCAGGUAAUCUGGAUUCAUUAAAACCAAGAGCUGAAGGAGUAUAAGAGAGAGUGAGUGUGUGUGUGUAUGUGUGAAUGUAUGUGUGAGCGUGUACUGCAUUAGUCAUGGGACUAAUAGUUCUAGUUAAAGUUCUCGUCAUGUUUAACUGAAAACUUUUAAAGUCUUGUGCAUAUGUGAAGUGCCCUCUCUGCCUUUAGGUUUGGUUGAUACCAGUAUAUUUUUAUAAGAUUGAAAUUCAAUGUGCCCCAUCUUUUACUUAAAUAAUUUUCAUUAUUAGGAUAAAUGUAUUAGAUUUGAAUCUUAACAUUUUUAGGCACAGAUGGAAAAAAAUUAUUGGCUCCUUGAAAACGUAUGGGGAAAAAAAUGGAUCCACAAAGCAUGUAUGUACUUACAAACCAAGCUGUAGAGAUCAAGAAAAGAACUUUAUUGUUGAUCUCAAGAUUUCUAAAUUGUCAAGAUUUAUAUGGAGUUGUGGUGGAACUAGUUAACACUUAGAGCUUUUGGUAUGUAAUGACUAUUUGCUAUGGACUGAUAUUAAAUGUUUCAAAGGAUUGCAUUAUUAAACUUUCUCAGUUUUUGUUACUUUCUUCUCAGAUUAUAUUUAGUAGUUUAAAUUUCUUUGCUAUAUUACAUUAAAGCAUAAGAACUUUGGGUCUCGAUAUUUAUUUUCACUUGUUUUACUAAUUAUUACCAGAACACCCUUUGUUAACUUUUUUAUUUUAUAAAUGUGUAGUAUAUUAAACAUAUCUUAAAUUUUUUGGUUUGAUUGGAACUACAUUAACUCUUGAUUUGUUUUACUAGGGUUUUUAAAAAAAAAAAUUACACUUUUUCCAUGUCGGUGCACAGCACUUAACAGAAAUCGUUUGUAUUCCCUUUCUUUCAAUUCAAUAAACAGAAUGAAUAACUGGA